AUGCAGACUGCUUCUACAAACAUUUGUGAAAGAAUGGGUCACUCUCAGGAGCUCAGUGAAUUCAUGUGUGGUUCCGUGAUAGGUUGCCACCUGUGCAAUAAGUCCAUCUGUGAAAUUCCCUUGCUACUAAAUAUUCCACAGUCAACUGUUAGUGGUAUUAUAACAAAGUGGAAGUAACUAGGAACAACAGCAACUCAGCCACGAAAUGAGCAGGGUCAGCGCAUGCUGAAGCGCACAGUGCACAGAAGUCACCAACUAUCUGCAGAGUCAAGAUCUAAAGACCUCCAAUCUUUGGAUUAUCGCAACAACAGUGCGUAGAAAAUUUCAUGGAAUGGGUUUCCAUGGCUGA